AUGACCCGUAGCAUCUCAGAAGCUGGUCGAUCGGUUCGCGAACGAGACACGCUGCUCCACUUUGACGACGCACCGACCUACGCGGAGUUUCGUCGGCAAUGCUUGAUACCCAAUCGACCGUGUAUUCUCCCACCUGCGCUGGUCGCGGAUUGGGAUGUGAUUCGGUCAGGUUCCUGGGCAACUCCCUCUUCGGACGCACCGGAUGGUAUGACGGUGGACUGGGAAGCGCUGAAGGAGCAGUACGGAAAUCACACGGCGCCGGUAGUGAUCUCUCGCGUCGAUCCAUCUUUGCAGGUCGAAGAAGAUCGUUCGGACAUGAGCAUCUCUUCCGCCAUCGAUCUAAUCCAAACAUUCCAACGAGGCGGUUCUCCUGAGGUCAAGUCGAUAUACAUCAAGGACUGGCAUCUCAUCAAACAACUCAACGCUCAAUCCUCUACGCAGAAGGAAACCUACACGGUACCCGAAAUCUUUGCCGAUGAUUGGAUGAACAACCUACCCUCCACUGGAUCCCAAGAUACCCCGGACGACUUUCGUUUCGUAUACGCCGGAACAUCCGGCUCACAAACACUCCUGCAUAGAGAUGUGUACACUUCGUACUCGUGGUCUACCAACAUCGUCGGUGUUAAGAAGUGGUACCUCUUCCCACCGCAUGUCAUCCCGCACUUGCGUCAGUUCCCCGCCGUGUCAACUUCGGCAUUGAUCUCGGAUAUUCAGACCCUCAUGGAAACUCUGGAUCGAUCGGAUAGGAAGCACUUUCCGAAUCUGUCGAGGGCUCUCGAUGAGAUGCAGAUCAUCAUCCAGUCGGCGGGCGAAACGAUUUUCGUCCCGUCGAAUUGGUACCACCAAGUGGACAAUGUCAGCGAUGUCAUUUCGAUGAAUCGAAACUGGUGCAAUGCUCACAACCUGCCCUCGUUGUACGAAUCGAUCUUACAGGAGCUGGAUCACGUCGAGGAGUCGUUAGACGAUGUCAAAGAUAUGCUCCGCGCAAACAAAGGUCAAGAGUGGAAGCAGGAGUUCUACGCGUUGGUACAGGAUGUUGCUGUAAAGGACGCUGGUUGGGCAUGGGAUGGGUUUUGGAAGAUGGUGGAGCGCAAUUUGGUCAGUCUAGCGACGGGAAAAGGGUCGAGGCCAGACGACGGUUGGGUGCGAGAAAGGCUAUUACCGCUAGCUGAAGGUUUCGAGCUGAGAGAAGAUGCAAAAUGGUUAGACAGCGGGAUACGAGAGACAGCUCAAAGAUGCAAGCUGCUGCUGGAAAGCAUUGACGAUUCCAAGUGA